CUCCAAAAAAAAAAAAAAAAAAAAAGAACUUGUUGUACCCUUAUGCAGUGUGUGUAGUACCUGAGGGAAGUGAAUUUACCAUCUUACCCAUGAAGGUUUCAAGAACCACUACUGCAGUCCCCUUGGUGGGACUGUUAUUGGUGGUGUUUGCGUGCAUGGCGGCGAGGGCAGAAUCGGAAUACAUGGUUUACAAGGAUCCAAACCGGAGCAUGACAAGUCGGAUCAGGGACCUGAUGGGGCGGAUGACGUUGGCGGAGAAGAUCGGACAGAUGACGCAGAUUGACCAGGAGAAUCUGACGGCGGUGAUCGUCCUAGAUUACGGUCUCGGCAGCGUAUUGAGCGGCGGCGGCGGGUGGCCUCGGCCGGAAGCGACGCCGUACGACUGGGUGAACAUGGUAAACCGGUUUCAAAGUGGGGCUGUUAAUAGUAGGCUUGGGAUUCCCAUCAUUUAUGGCAUUGAUGCAGUUCAUGGCAAUAACAAUGUCUUCAAGGCCACCAUUUUUCCUCACAACAUUGGCCUUGGAGCUACAAGAGAUCCAAAGCUAGUGAAGAGGAUUGGUGCAGCAACUGCUCUUGAAACUAGAGCUACAGGCGUCAAUUACGCUUUUGCUCCAUGUCUUGCGGUUUGCAGAGAUCCAAGAUGGGGAAGGUGCUACGAGAGCUACAGUGAAGAUGUAGAAAUUGUGAAAUCCAUGACAGAGAUUAUACCUGGUUUACAAGGCGACGUCCCCAACAAUUUUUCUAGGGGUGUUCCUUAUGUCGGUGGCAAGACAAAGGUUGCAGCUUGUGCAAAGCACUACGUAGCAGACGGCGGAACAACAAAGGGUAUGGACGAAAACAACACCGUGACGGAUUGGCAUGGGCUGAUGAGCAUUCACAUGCCACCAUACCCACCUUCCAUCAUCAAGGGCGUCUCCACCGUCAUGGCUUCUUACUCCAGCGUUAACGGCGUCAAGAUGCACGCCAACCGCCAUCUCCUCACCGACUUCCUCAAAGGCCAUCUCCGUUUCCGGGGGUUUGUGAUUUCGGAUUGGUUGGGUAUAGAUAGAAUCACGGUGAAAGAAGAUUCCAACUACACUUACUCGGUGUUAGAAAGCAUUAACGCUGGGAUUGACAUGGUUAUGGUGCCUAACAACUACAGUAGGUUUAUUAGCACUGCAUUGUCAUUGGUGAAGAACAGGUUCAUCCCAAUGAGCCGGAUUGAUGACGCUGUCACUAGAAUCUUGAGAGUCAAGUUCACUAUGGGCCUCUUCGAGAACCCUUUCGCUGAUUAUUCUCUAGCCCACUAUCUUGGAUGCCAGGCUCAUAGAGAUUUGGCAAGGGAAGCAGUGAGGAAAUCACUUGUUUUGUUGAAAAAUGGGAAAGAUGAAAAGCAACCUUUGCUCCCUCUCCCCAAGAAUGCAUCAAGAAUCUUGGUCGCUGGAACCCAUGCCAACAACCUUGGUUAUCAGUGUGGUGGUUGGACAAUAACUUGGAAAGGUCUCAGUGGCUACAUAACUGCUGGAACUACGAUCUUGAGUGGAAUUGCGAACGCGGUUGAUCCAGCAACACAAAUAGUGUACAACGAGAGCGCCAACAAGGAGUUCAUGAAAUCCAACGACUUCGCCUACGCCAUUGUCGUUGUCGGAGAGAAGCCCUACAGCGAAUACUUCGGCGACGACCUGAACUUGACCAUCCCGGCGGCCGGCCUCGACACAAUCAAGAACGUCUGCGCCGCCGGCGUCAAGUGCGUCGUCGUGCUCGUCUCCGGCCGACCACUCGUCUUGGAACCCCAUCUCCCGUCCAUGGACGCCCUGGUGGCGGCGUGGCUCCCCGGCAGCGAAGGCCAAGGCGUGGCGGAUGUCCUGUUCGGCGACUACCCGUUCACCGGAAAGUUGUCGCGGACGUGGUUCAAGACCGUCGAUCAGCUUCCGAUGAACGUCGGAGAUCGUCACUAUGACCCACUCUUCCCCUUUGGGUUUGGGCUCACCACCAAGGGUAGUAGACAUUAGGGGAAUUGAAAUUGCAUUUUCCUUUUAUUUAAUUGUUACAAUUUAC